GUGACGUAGAUCUCACAGCGUCCCUGGUACCUAGCGGAAGGCGGGCCUAGGCGGGCGGGAGUUCCGCUUUAGCUGACGUCCCUCAGCGAUAAGAGGAGCCUUUCGCAGAAGCUUGGACUCCCCUGCAACGCAGUUAUGGUCCUAGGAACCGUAAAUGAAGAACCUCUACGUGCUUUAAACUUCACAUCAGACAAAGGAGUCCCAGAUGCCUUUGAAUUUCCUCACAUCACCAGUAUAGCUACUGGAGAACCCCUUCAACUCAAGACCCACAAAGUACCUGUAUACAAUCUUCGAAAAAUUGAACCCAAGCCUUCGAUAGACAGCAACGGUUACACCUGGGAAACACUGCCUUACCCUGACCUGGAUGGAUCAGAAGGAUGGGAGGAUCGCUAUGCGUCAUUUACUUGCGAGUGGCUGAAAAACCACCUUAGUGCGAGGUCAUGCCGUGCCAUAAACUAUCAAAUCCGGCGUAAACAUUCGGACGGAGAUGUCUCUGACAACUAUCAAUCGCGAGAGGACAUCAAAGACCAGCAGCCAGUCCCAGCGGUACACGUAGAUAUUAACCGCGAACGAGCGUCUGCUCGAGCAUUGGCUGUCCUUGGAGAAGAGUUUACGGAGUCGGACAGACUCGCUAUAAUCAAUAUCUGGCGGCCUCUCAGGGGACCAGUGAUUGACGCGCCUUUGGCUCUAUGUGAUGCUCGUACUUUGGAUCCAGCAGAUAUGGAACGGACUACCGAUGCUUAUGGUGGUGGCUACUUCGUCAAGUAUAACGCGAACAUGAAGUGGGUGUACAUCCAUGACCAAAUGUCCGACGAAAUCCUUGUUUUCCGCCAAUACGAUAAUACGCUCAAACCAGAACUCGGCGACGCGAAGUGUAUCGCACACACUGCAUUCUUCGACGAAUUGAGGGAAGGUCAAGGCUCACCGCGGCAAAGUAUUGAACUUCGCUGUGCUGUAGCGUACUAGAAUAAACUUGGAGAUAUAUGUGCCAUAGUAACGUAUAAUCUCAGUGGCAUACAUGUGAGUUGAUAACAAGGGAUGAGAUGCACAUCCAGGUCGCGCUCAAUAUAGACGAAGAAGUCAUGGGCUUGAAAGAAUUACAACAGCAGUGGGUUCGUCAUAAACAAAUAACACAUCUUCUAUCAGCAUACCUGGUCCGGUCAUGGGUGAG